CCUGGUUUGCUGCUCACAGAACAUUGCCAUCCCUCGACCCUUUCCAGUGCGACUUUGGGAUAACGGCUUAGCAUGAUUUGGUUUUCUGUGGGAGUCCAGAACAAAUAGAGAGGCAAGGCUGAGGAUUGAUCAGUGAUGGAAAUUCCAGGUCUUCGGCUUCUGACACUUCUUCUGCUCUUUCAAGGAAUUUGCACAGUUCGAGGGAGCUGUGAAAGCGGGGAAUUUCAGUGCACCAGCGGGCAGUGCAUAGACAUCGCCUGGAAGUGCGAUGGAACCAAAGACUGCACGGACGAUUCCGAUGAGCUCAAUUGCCCCCCUCCAUCAUGCAGCUCACAGCAGUUUAAAUGUGUUACGAACGGUGAAUGCAUCCCACUGGAAUUUGUCUGUGAUGGGGAGAAGGACUGCACGGAUGGUUCGGAUGAAGAAAGGGAGUGUGGCGGUCGCACCUGCAGCCCGGACCAGUUCACCUGCCAGGAGGGCCAGUGCAUUCCCGCAAAAUACAAAUGUGACCAUGUGAAGGACUGCGUCGACAAUUCUGAUGAAAACAAUUGCAACUACCCACAAUGCACCGAGAAGACAUGUGCUAAUGGCGCUUGUUACAACAACUCUCAGCAUUGCAACGGACUCCAAGACUGCCGAGAUGGUUCCGACGAAUAUAACUGCACCGCCAAUCACUGCUCCAUCCACGAAUAUCAAUGUCCCAAUGGCAUCUGCAUCCCAAAUUUCUUCUUGUGCGACCACUGGAAUGAUUGCGGGGACAACAGCGACGAGCAAGGCUGCGUGUAUCAGAGCUGUCGCGGCGACGAGUUCACCUGUACAAGUGGCCGUUGUAUUCCUCAGUACUGGGUGUGUGACAAGUUCAAUGACUGUGGGGAUAACAGUGAUGAAAAAGGAUGUGACAGCAACUCACGCGACUGUUACCCCGGCGAGUGGGGCUGCCCGGGCUCCACUGCUUGCAUCCCGCUGGGGAAGGUUUGUGAUGAGAAAGCGGACUGUCCCGGGGGAACAGAUGAGACCAACUCCACCACCGGGAAGACCUGUGGCUUAGGGCACUGCUCAACGUUGAGCUGCGAGUAUCUAUGCCACGUGUCGCCAGAAGGAGGCGCUUGCUACUGCCCCGAUGGCUUUGUUGUCGGCAAUGACAGUCGCUCCUGCGUAGACUACAACGACUGUCAAAUCUGGGGGAUCUGUGACCAGCUAUGUGAAGACCGGCCCGGGACGCACCGCUGCAGCUGUGCCAGUGGAUACUUCCUGGAGCAGGGUCACAUCUGCAAGGCCAAUUUGUCAGGUGGAAUGCCACACCUCAUUUUCACCGACGGAGGAGAUGUGAUGAUGGCCGACGUACACGGCCGCAACGUUCGAACUUUGAUACCCGCUCAGGGUAAAAAUACGGUCGUCGGCGUGGCAUUCCACCGACAUAGCGAGACCGUCUUCUGGAGCGACACAUACAACAACAAGGUGUAUUCUGCCAACUAUAACGGUGGAGACAUUAAGGAGGUUCUGACAGCGGCAGUUCACAACGUGCAGAACCUGGCCGUAGACUGGAUCAACUUCAAGCUGUACGUGUUAGACGCCGCGGUGGAGCGCAUCGACAUGUGCGAGUUCGACGGAGGCAAUCGGGUCACGCUGGUUGCUGAGAACCUGCAGAGUCCUCACGGCCUCGUCCUGGACCCCACGGUGGGUUACAUGUUCUUCACCGACAUGGGUGACAGCAAUGAGCAGGUGAAGCUCGAGCGGGCCUUCAUGGACGGCAGUAACCGCGUGGAGCUGGUGAAGAACAGGCUGGGCACGCCCACCGCAAUUAGCAUCGAUCUCGUCACAAAAAGGGUCUACUGGUCUGACAGUCACUUCGACACUGUGGAAACCGUUACCUAUCACGGUUUAGACCGGAAAAUAGUGCUCAAUGGUGGAACCCAGGCUCCACAUCCUUUUGGGAUGGCCGUCUUUGAGAACCAUGUCUUCUUCACGGACUGGACCAAGAUGGGGGUGGUGCGAGCCAACCGCUUCAACGGCAGCAGCCCAGCGCUCCUCUAUCGUACCGCCAAGCGACCCGGCCAUAUUGUCGUCUCACACCCAGUGCUGCAGCCCAUCGUGAUGAACCCCUGCGGGCGUCACAACGGCGGCUGUCAGCACAUUUGCGUCCUGAGCCAUCGCACCGACAAUGACGGUCUGGGCUACCGCUGUAAGUGCCGCCAUGGUUACGACCUGCAGGCGGACCUUCGGACCUGCUUCAAGGUAGAGAACUAUUUGCUGCUGGCCACCUCCAUGGCCGUGCGAGGGAUCCCGCUCAGCAUUUCCCUCCAGGAGGACGUCACACUUCCUCUCUCAGGGCUCGCCUCCUCUUUUUCCGGCUCCGCUGUGGAGUUUGAUGGCAACGAGGAGGUGAUUUUCUACAACGACAGGUCCCGGGGCAUUAUUUAUAAAUCCAACCUCAAUGGGACUGUUCAACAGAUUUUGACAGGCUACAGGGCCUCAUCCGUCGACGCCAUGGCCUAUGACUGGACCUCCAAAGUUUUAUUCUGGACCUCAAGCUCUUACAAGACAGUGACGGCCUUCAGAAUCACCGACAAGUCCCGGCGAGACAUCGUCAGUGGAUUGAAGAGUCCAAAAGGAAUUGCGGUGCAUCCCAGUGCUGGCUACUUGUUUUGGUCUGACUGGUUUCGUCCGGCGGUCAUCAUGAGGAGCUUCCCGGAUGGCACCAACGCGGUACCAUUGGUCAACACCACACUUGGAUGGCCGUACGGACUUGCCCUUGACUAUGCCCAAAACCGCUUAUACUGGGUAGAUGCCCUCUUGGAUCAAAUUGGUCACAUCGACGUUCAGGGAAACAACAGACAGACCUUCGCCAAUAUUGGGCAGAUCACAAAUCCUUACUCUUUGACGGUUUAUUCAGACUACCUGUAUGUGUCUGAUACCAGAACCAGAGCGAUAUUUGAGAUGAGGAAAAGGGAUGGAGGAGGAAACUUUAUGAUCAGACAAGGAAUCAAUGGCAUUCUGAACAUCAAGGCCUACACAGCCGAUCUCCAUAGCAGUAUCAACAGUCGUUGCAAUUCGGUGCCAAACGGGCGCUGCAGCCACUUUUGCUUCCCGACUCCGUCCUACAGCCGCGUGUGCGGAUGUCCAUACGGCAUGAAGCUGCAGGUCAACCAGCAGGACUGCGUCAAGGACGACAGCGUCCCCCCGCCGGACAACAACUGCGGGGACUACUCUUUUGAGUGCGACGAGGGUCGAUGUCGGCCCAACUCCUACCGCUGCGACGGCUAUUUGGACUGCGUGGAUAAGUCCGACGAGGCCAAUUGCACCAAUAUCGGGGCGACUUGCUCACCCAUUGCCUUCACCUGCAACAACAAGCACUGCAUCCUGCCCGUGUGGCGCUGCGACGGCACGGAUGACUGCGGCGACGGCUCCGAUGAAGACGACUGUCCCACGGACGUCCCCGCCACCUGUUCCGCCCACUCCUUCACCUGCGACAACAAGAGAUGCAUCUCUGCGGCGUGGGUGUGCGACGGCGACAACGACUGCGGAGACGGCUCGGAUGAACAAAACUGCAAUUCCACCAUCACCACCUGCGGUCCUUCCUACUUCCUGUGUCCCGACCACCGCUGCAUAUUCGAGACCUACGUAUGCGACGGGGACCAGGACUGCUUGGAUGGCUCGGACGAGGAAAAUUGCGAGUUCUCCUGCCCCUCCUAUCAGUUUGCCUGUGCCACCGGCGACCAGUGUAUCACCAGCAGUUAUCACUGCGACGGAGUGUUUGACUGCAGGGACCAUUCCGAUGAGUAUGGCUGUCCCACUCCAGGCCCGGGCUUGUGCCACGACAACGAGUUCCAGUGCCAAACCGACGGAUUCUGCAUACCGGAGCAGUGGGAAUGUGACGGCCAUCCCGACUGCGAGGACGGAUCCGAUGAGCACAUCUCCUGCCCGCCCGUCACCUGCUUAUCCGGCUACUUCCAGUGCACAAACAAGAUAUGCAUCCCAAAUGCCUGGUUGUGCGACGGCGAAAAUGACUGCCGGGACAAUAGCGACGAGCGGAACUGUCCCACGCCGCCGUUCCAGUGUCCCAGCGGCCAGUGGAUGUGUCCCACGGACCAGGUGUGCAUUCAGCAAGAUCAAGUGUGCGACGGCCACGGGGACUGCCCCAAUGGAGCUGAUGAGUCGCCUCUCUGCAACGAAGAGGACUGUUUACUGAACAACGGCGGCUGCAGCGACAUCUGCAUUCAAGGACCGUUCGGGGCCGAGUGCAAAUGUCUGCCGGGUUUCCAGCUGCUGAACGACUCCAAGACCUGCGACGACAUCAACGAGUGUCUCAUCCCGGGCUUUUGCAGCCAGCAGUGCUACAACGAGAAAGGAAGCUUCCGCUGUUACUGCUCCUUCGGUUACCUGCUGGAACCAGACGGGCGCACUUGCAAAGCUAUAGACCCUCUCGCAGCUGUGCUUCUGAUAGCCAAGCGUAACCAAGUCAUCGCCUACAGGAUCAACGCAGAGCCGCCCACCAUCAGUCCAGUGGUUAGCGGAUCAAGCAUUGUGACCGUAGAUUUUGACCGUGUGACUUCCAGGGUGUACUGGGCAGACGCCUCGCAGAAGAAGAUCUGGAGCGCCUACCAGAAUGGAACCGAUAGACAGGAAAUUUUCUCCAGUGGUCUGCUAGUGCCGGAGAGCAUCGCGGUGGACUGGGUGGGCAGAAACCUCUACUGGACCGACUCGGUCAUGGAGAACAUUGAGGUGUCCACUCUGGACGGUCGCUUCCGGAAAGUGCUGCUCAGCAAAAACGUGACCAGCCCCCGCGGCCUGGUUUUAGACCCUCGCAACCAUACCAACCUGAUGUUCUGGUCGGAUUGGGGUCAGAAUCCGAGGAUCGAGCGGGCUGACAUGGAUGGAGCAAUGAGACGGGCCAUUGUCAGCACGAAGAUUUACUGGCCCAAUGGCUUGGCACUGGACUACACCACGCGCAGGGUCUACUUCGCCGACGCUUACCUGAAAUAUAUCGACUAUUGUGACUAUGAUGGCAAGAACCGCUAUCAAGUUAUGGCGAGCGACAUGGUUCUCCAGCACCCGCACGGCAUGACCAUCUUUGAGGACAACGUCUUCUGGUCGGAGCGCUCCAGCGGCAAAGUGAUGAGCACCAACAAGUUCCACGGCGGCAACGUCACCACACUGAUGAACAGCGUCUAUCAGCCCAUGGGCCUCGUUCUGGACCAUCCCAUUAAACAGCCUGCAGGUCUCAAUCCAUGCAAAGACAAGAUGUGCAGUCAACUGUGCCUGCUGUCGGGCUUCAGGCCAAAAUAUUACACCUGCCACUGCCAGUCCGGAUGGACGUUGGAUAAUGAUAAACGUACCUGCAUCAAAGAUGAAACCCCCUUCUUGAUGGUGGCAAGAGAGUCGGUGCUUUUCGGGAUCCCUCUGGACCCGGCCGACCCCUCCAACAAUGCGAUGGCGCCUGUGCCGGGCAUCAGACAGGGGCGGGACAUUGAAUUUGAUGACCGGGACCAGUUCAUCUACUGGGUGGAGUCAUCGGGUUCCAUGUGGCGAGUGCACUUCAACGGCACCAAAAGGUCUCGGUUUGCGCCGGGUGCUCUCAUGGGGGUGCCGUCCGGCCUGGCUUUUGACUGGAUCAGCCGAAACAUGUAUUACAACAACCCCGUGAAUCAAUCCAUAGAGGUCAUCCGCGUCGAUGGAAAUCAGCUCUAUCGGAACACUCUCAUCACGGCGACAGGGAAACCCGAAGGCAUGGGAACGCCUGUCGGGAUAGCCUUAGAUCCAGCAAGAGGGAAGUUGUUCUGGGCGGACAGAGGGUCAAACAACGGGGUUCCCCCAAAGGUGGGCAGCGCCAACAUGGAUGGGAGCAACCUCACAAACCUCUACACGGGCAACCUGGCAAACAUCGGCUCCAUCGCUGCCGAUAUUUCCACCAGGAAGCUUUACUGGGGGGUGAAAGGCUCAGGAGUGAUCGAGAGCGGCACCAUGGACGGGGCCAGCCGGGUGACGGUGGUCAGCGGCCUGUCUCACCCGUGGGGCUUGAGCAUCUACCAGAGCCAUCUGUAUUACACGGACAUUGACUACGAGGUCGUCGAGAGGGUCGACAAAGAGACGGGCGCCAAUAUGGUGGUGAUGAGGAGCGGCUUGUCCCACCUGCGUGCCGUCAAAGUGCACGCCAGAGACAACUCGGCGGGGACGGCAAACGCGUGCAGCGCCAAUAACGGGGACUGCCCUCACCUGUGUCUGCCCAAACCCAACAACCAAAGGAGGUGCGCCUGCACCACAGGCUUCUACCCGUCGCCGGACGGCUCUCGUUGCCAAGAGGUCGACUCCUUCGCUGUGGUCUCCACGCCCAAGUACAUCCGCGGCUUCCACGUGAACAGCUCGGAUCAUUCGGAGGCCAUGGCUCCCAUCGGUGGAUCUUUUUAUAGCACCAAGGAGAGCUUGGGGCUCCACAUCGAAUCUGGCUACAUCUACUGGGUUGAAAACGGCACCUCCACCUCCUACAAGGGCAUCUACAGGAGCAAAACCGAUGGAUCAAACUACCAGAGGGUGGUCUUCAGUGGCAUUGGAAGAGGAGGCAUCCAGGGUCUCGCCGUGGACUGGGUUGCUAACAACUUGUACUUCACCAACGCCUUUGACAGUGAGACCUUCCUGGAAGUGCAGGCCAUUAACACGUCGUACCGACUGAUUCUCCUCAAGUCCGUCCACGACAGGCCCCGCGACCUGGCGGUCAACCCCAAGCAGCGCUACCUCUUCUGGACCGACGGCGGGCAGACGCCCAAAAUCGAGCGGGCGCUGCUGGACGGCACCAACCGCACCGUGCUGGCUUCGGAGAGUCUGCUGUCGCCCCGCGGCCUCGCUGUCGAUUACACCAACGACUUCCUCUACUGGACGGACGAUGUCCUGGACAUGAUCUCUCGUAUGGCUGCCGACGGCUCACAGAGGCAGUUGAUCCGCUAUGGCAGUCGCCUUCCGUCUCCCACGGGGGUCGCUAUACUCGGAAACGUCAUGCUGUGGGUGGAUGGAAAACUUGGCAAGCUCUUGCAAGCUAGUAAAGAGCCGGGCAAUCUGAACCAAUCCGAGGUAAUCCGAGACAACCUUGAUGGCGCGUCAGAUGUCGCCAUCUUUGACCCCCACGUGCAACCUUUAGCGGCCCACCAAGUGGGCUUCAACCCGUGCCACGAAGACAACGGGCGCUGCCAGCAGCUCUGCUUCGCCAUCCCGGAACAGGACCGUCCCAAAUGCGCCUGUGCCCACGGCUCGCUCCUCACCAACGGAGUGACCUGCGGGUACGGGCAAGAUGACUUCCUGGUUUACACUACCGACUACACGCUGACCAGUAUGAGGCUGGACCCCCAAGACCACAGCAGUCCUUUCCCCGCCUUCAACCUGGGCAACAACCUGAUGGGCUUGGAUUUCGACUACAAGGAGAGGCGGGUUUUUUUCACCCAGUUCAGCGGCUACGGCAGGAGCAAAAUUGGUUACGUCACCAUCACCUCGCCCACGACUGCGCCCACCAUCAUCGCGGCAAAUUUGGACGACCCCGAAGGCUUGGCAUUCGACUGGGUCAACAAACGUCUCUACUUCACCGACUACUACCGCCAGAACGUGCAGUCGAUCGGCCUGGACGGGAGCAACCGCACCAUCAUCGCCCACGCAAACCGUCCUCGGGGCAUCGUCGUCGACCCCUGCUACGGGUACUUGUACUGGACCGACUGGGCCGGGCCUGCCAAGAUUGAAAGAGCCACGCUGGGCGGGAACUUCCGGAGGGCCAUCAUCAACAGCAGCUUGUCAACCCCCAAUGGCUUGGCCAUCGACUUUGAGGAGAGGCUGUUGUACUGGGCUGACGCCUCACAAGACAAAAUCGAGCGGUCCACCCUGACGGGCGCAAACAGACAAGUGAUCAUGCUGGGCGUCCAGUACCCCUUUGCCUUGACCGUCUUCAAGCAGGACAUCUUCUGGACCGACUGGACGGAGCGGGCCGUCUUCAGGGCGGGGAAAGACGACGGCUCUGGCGUGGUGGCGCUGAGCCAGGACCUUCAGUACCGGCCAAACGACAUUCACGUCUUUUCCGGGUCCAAGCAGGAGAGCUGCUCCAGCUCCUGCCUGCAGUUCAACGGAGGCUGCAGUCACGUCUGUGUGCCUGGCCCGGCGGGACCAGAGUGCCAGUGUCCCCAUGAGGGCAAGUGGUACCUGGCCAACAACGGCAAGGACUGCAUCCAAGACGACGGGAAGCGCUGCCAGCCCGAGCAGUUCACUUGUCUCGACGGCACCUGCAUCAGGGCCAGCUGGAAGUGUGACGGCUUCAACGACUGCAGCGAUCACACGGACGAGCUGGAGCGAGUCUGUGCCUUCCACACCUGCUCGGGCAGUCAGUUCACCUGCGACAACGGCCGCUGCGUCCCGCUCAGCUACGCCUGCGACUACACGGACGACUGCGGCGACAACAGCGACGAGCGGGGCUGCCCCUUCCCCACCUGCAACCCGGACUCGGAGUUCACCUGCAACAACGGCCGCUGCAUCAGCGCCUCUUUCGUCUGCGACGGCUACAACGACUGCCGCGACAACGCCACCUCGGAUGAAAUCAACUGCCCUGACAGGCAGUGUCCCUCGGGCAAGGUCAAAUGCGACAACACCAACAUCUGCAUCUACCCCGACAACCUGUGUGACGGCUACAACAACUGCGGCGACAACAGCGAUGAGAAUCCUCUCUUCUGUGCGGGCCGCACGUGCCCCCCCGACAAGUUCCAGUGCGACAGUGGGAAGUGCAUCCCUGAAUCGUGGGUGUGCGAUUUCUACAAGGAUUGCGUCGAUGGAACCGAUGAACCUCCUACCUGCGAGCAUCACGUGCAAACUUGCGGCGUCAGCGAGUUCACUUGUACCAACGGAAACUGCAUCCCUCAGUACUUGGUGUGCGACGGCAACAACGACUGCUGGGACAACAGCGACGAGGCUCCCGAGCUGCAAUGCGGCCAGCGCACGUGCAGCUCCAACCAGUUCACCUGCCCGACGUGGCUGCCGGGUCACCCGCGCUGUGUGUCCUUAAACUACGUGUGUGACGGGGACAAAGACUGCCUGGACGCGGCGGAUGAGCUCCAGAACUGCCCAAAUCGGACCUGCCACAUGAAUGAGUUUGCCUGCUCCAACGGCCUUUGCAUUUACCUUCCCUAUCACUGCGACCGGGUGAACGACUGCGGCGACGGCAGCGACGAGCUGGGCUGUACUUACGACACGUGCAGCAGCUCCCAGUUCACCUGCGCCAACGGGGCCUGCAUCCCCGCCUCUUACACCUGCGACGGAGAGAGCGACUGCUUGGACGGUUCGGAUGAAGCGGCCAGCCUUUGCGUGACGCCGCAACCCACGUGCGCGCCUCAGCAGUACAUGUGCAAGUCGGGCGCCUGCAUCGACGUGAAGAACGUGUGCAACGGGGUGAAGGACUGCCAGGACAACAGUGACGAAAAAGGCUGCGGAAUCAAUGAAUGCCUGAACCCUUCGGUCCACCAGUGCGCCCAGCUGUGCACGGACACGCCGACCGGUUACUUCUGCUCCUGCAACCCCGGCUACGCGCUGAUGGCCGACGGCAAAGCCUGCGAGGACCUCAACGAGUGUCUCAGCACGCCGUCCGUCUGCAGCCAGAUCUGCGACAACACGGCCGGCUCCUACCACUGCAAAUGCGCACCGGGAUACCUGCGGGAGCCCGACGGGCGCACCUGUCGCCAAAACAGCGGCCUCAACCCCUACCUGCUGUACACCAAUCGCUACUACAUCCGCAACUUGACCACGGACGGAUCCCAGCUGAGCAUCGUGCUGCAGGGGCUCUCCAACGUGGUGGCGUUGGAUUUCGACUAUUCGGAGAGACGGCUGUAUUGGGUCGACGCCGGAGUGGGAAAGAUUGAGAGGAUGCGUUUCGAUGGGAGCGGCAGGGAGGUGCUGGUAGACAACGGCGUCCUCGGAGCGGAGGGCCUGGCGCUCGACUGGGUGGGCAGGAAGUUGUACUGGUCGGACGGUUCCGAUGGCUCUGUUCAUGUGAUGGAGCUGGACGGACGCUACAUGAAGAAGCUGAUCGCCGGCCACUUUACGGACGGAAACAACACCUACGUCGUCAGCCGGCCGAGAGCUGUGGCGGUCAACCCGAAAUACGGGUGGUUGUACUGGACCGACUGGGCCGACACGCCGUACAUUGGCAGAGCAGGCAUGGACGGAAGCAACGUCAGCGCCAUUCUCACCGCCAAGCUGGAGUGGCCCAACGCUCUGACCAUCGACUACACCACCAACAGGAUUUUCUUUGCCGACGCCCACCUAAACUUCCUCGACUAUGCGGACAUGGACGGCAAGAACCGACACCGGGCCUUGGCCGGUACCCUGCCGCAUGUCUUUGCGCUGUCCCUCUUUGAGGACACGCUCUACUGGACCGACUGGAACACGCACUCGGUGGAAAAGGCUCACAAGUACACCGGCGAAGGGCGCACGGCGAUGGGCAACAACACGCACCGACCGUACGAGCUUCGUGUGGUGCACCCCUACAGGCAACCGCAAAGUGAAAACCCGUGCUCGUCCCACAGCCUGACCUGCAGCCAUCUGUGUCUGAUCGCCCCCGGCGGGCAGAGGGCCACCUGCGAGUGUCCGGAUCACUUCAUUGGAAUUGCCGUGGGCUUCAGGAUCCAAUGCGUCGCCGACUGCUCCAGCACCCAGUUCCGCUGCGGGGACAACGAGAGAUGCAUUCCAAUAUGGUGGAAGUGCGACGGCCAGUCAGACUGCGGGGACGGCUCAGAUGAACCCCAAACUUGCCCGCCUCGUUACUGCCCCGUCGGCCGCUUCCAGUGUCACGACGGAAACUGCACGUAUCCCGGCUUCCUGUGCGACGCUCACCCGGACUGCCCCGACGGUUCUGACGAGGAUGCCGCUCUCUGUAGUGACCAUCGAUGCGAGGAAAACCAGUUCCAGUGCAAGAACAAGAUGUGCAUCCCCAUGUCGUGGCACUGCGACGGCUCCAGGGACUGCUCCGAUGGCAGCGACGAGGAUGCCCAGACUUGCAGCCAGCGCACCUGCCAACCGGGACAGUUCCAAUGCGCCAACGGGAACUGCGUGCCGUCCAGCUACGUGUGCGACGUGCAGGACGACUGCGGCGACGGAUCCGAUGAACCUUACGACACCUGCAUGGGCCCGGAUUACAAGUGCGAUGAAACCGAGUUCUCCUGCAAAACAAACUACCGCUGCAUUCCUCAGUGGGCCCGAUGCGACGGCACCAACGACUGCAUCGACGACAGCGACGAGCAAGGCUGCGAGGAGGUGACAUGCGACCCCCUGGGUGACUUCCGUUGCGACAACCAUCGCUGCGUUCCCAUCCGCUGGAAGUGUGACGGCAGCAACGACUGCGGCGACGGCUCGGACGAGAGGAACUGCCAGCCGAGGCCCUGCUCCGAGAGCGAGUUCCGUUGCGACAACCAGCAGUGUGUCCCGGGGAAGUGGGUGUGCGACCAUGACAACGACUGUGGCGACAACUCGGACGAACGAGACUGCGAGUUGCACACGUGUCGUCCGGGCACGUUCCAGUGCGACUCGGGUCACUGCGUCCCCGCCGUGCUGCAGUGCGACGGCCGCCCGGACUGUCAGGAUCUAUCGGAUGAGACCGGCUGUCCCACCCGUUACCCAGGAGGCCGAUGGUGCCCUCAGGCCCAAUUUGAGUGCGCCAACCAUCUGUGUGUGAACAUGGCCUGGGUUUGCGACGGCGCCGACGACUGCGGGGACCGAUCCGACGAGCGGCUCGCUUUAUGCCUCAACAUCACUUGCGAGAUGCCGUCUCGAUUCCGCUGCGCCAACGGCUACUGCAUCUACUCCGGCCUGCUGUGCAACCAGAAGGACGACUGCGGAGACGGCAGUGACGAGAAGGAGGAACUUUGCCGCCCGCCCACCUUGGCCCCGUGCACGCUCGAGCAGUUUAAAUGCACCAACGGCCACUGCGUGCCGCUGCCUUACGUCUGCGACCACAACGACAACUGCGGCGACCGCACUGACGAAUUGGGCUGCAAUUUCGGCCACGACCGCAACUGUCAGGAGAAACGGUGCCAGCAGCUCUGCACCAACUUGAACGGCACGGGAUUCAUCUGCUCUUGCGGCCCCGGCUACGUCGUGGACCCGGACAACACUUACACUUGCUUGGACGUCAACGAGUGCGAGGUCUUCGGCACCUGCCCUCAGCUGUGCAAGAACACCAAGGGCGGCUACGAUUGCGACUGCGCCCCCGGCUACCGGAAAGUCGGCAACGGCGACCUGUGCGAGGCCCAAGGCGCCGCUCCCAUGCUGCUUCUACCGGAGAGCGUUCGCAUCCGGAGGUUCAACCUGCAGACGGAAGGCUACCACAACUUCGUGGAGGAGGCCGAGCGCAUCCUGGCGCUGGACUAUGACUGGGACCACAACAAGACUGGAUUCAGCAUGGUGUACUUCACCGUGGCCAGCAAGGACUCCGCGCCGGGUGCCAUUAAGAGAGCUUACAUCCCGUCGCUGGAUGACGGAAGCAACAACGUCGGCGCCGCCGUCGACCUCGGUAUUAAGUACAUCACCAGACCGGAUGGCAUUGCCGUGGACUGGGUGGGCAGGAAUCUGUACUGGGCCGACUCCAAGCUGAGGAGGUUGGAGGUGGCCAUGUUGGAUGGGCGCUACAGGAAGCAUCUCGUCAAGACCGACGUGGGCCACCCGUCUGCCGUAGCGGUCAAUCCACGACUGGGGAUGCUGUACUGGUCCGACCGCGGGGAAGCGGCCAAGAUUGAACGUUGCUGGCUGGACGGUCAGGAGAGGAAGGUCCUGGUGGGGCAAAACAUGGGUUGGCCCACCGGCCUGUCCAUCGAUUUCACCAAUAACGACAGAGUCUACUGGUCCGACUCCAAGGAGAACCGCAUCGAGUCGGUCCUGCCGUCGGGAGAGGACCGCCGAACCGCCGUCUUCAUCGACGUGAGAAACCCGUUCAGCGUGAGCGUAUUCGAGGACCACGUUUACUGGAACACGCAGGAGAAAGGCGAGGUGUUCCGGCAAAACAAGUUUGGCAGCGGGCCCAAGACCAAGCUGCUGACCGUGGGACCCUGGCUAACCCAAGUCGCCGUUUACCAAGAGCAGCGAUACAACUCCAUCGCCAUGACGAAUCCCUGCAAGGGAACGUGCAGCCACCUGUGUCUACUCCGUCCGGGAGGCUACUCGUGCGCCUGUCCCGAGGGCACCAAAUUCGUCCCGGGGAGCGACACGCAGUGCGAUGCCGUCGGCAUUGCCAUCGGAGUGACGGUCAUCGUCUUGGUCCUGCUCGUUGCGCUGGUUUACGCCGCCAGGAGGAAGUCCAACAUCGUGGAGAGACUCCGGGACAGCCUUCCUUCCAUGCCGUCCAUGCCUUCCAUGCCUUCCAUGCCGUCCAUGCCUUCCAUGCCUUCCAUGCCUUCCAUGCCCAGCCUUCCUUUCUUGAGAAAAAGUCCACCUCCAAAUGCAUCAAACUUGGAAGACCCUGAACCAAGGCACACUUCCGAGGCGGUCCCAUGUAUGUCCCUGGAGGAGACAGAGCAGAAGAGAAAUUUUGACAACCCGACCUAUGUGAACGGACCGCAGCCCGGCGCUCGGAGCGCGCCCACCGCCAUGGCCGCUCCCACUACCACAAACCAGAAGAGCAUCACAAAUCCAUUCUACAUGGAGGAGGUCAAGGUCGAGGAUGAGCACAGCGGAAUGAGCGAGACCAAGCCCGCGGUUUCCAACAAGGAGGCCUUUGAAAACCCGGCGUACAGCUCGGAGAGCGAAGACACCGACGUCCCUUCGCCGCCCGCCGCUUCGAGCGCACAGAGGUUUGAGCCCCUUGAGGAUGAGGGGUUGGUGUCUUUCAAAAACCCAAUGUACACGGAAAAAGGCCGUUCGUUAACUGAUGAUUCUGAGAUCUAAUGUGACAUCGACAGAAGAAAUGAGGCCAACAUAUCUCAAUUGACAUUGAGCACCCUGAAAUUAUUUUGUACUUUUUUUCCAGCUCUCCCGGACAUGGCAUAUUUAAACACCUGCGUCAAAUCAGCACAUUUGUAAAAUAAGUCAUGCUUUUGGUUGGAUCCAAGUUUCGCUGUAUGUUUUUUUUUUUUUUUAAUGAAUGAUAUUAUUUUGUAACCUCAUGUACAUUCUGAUUCUUAUUCAUUUUAACCCUUGUAAUUGUUUUAAACUAUUAAAAAGUGGGGGUGGUUGGGCUUCAUUUGAA